UGGGCUCUGCUUCAGGAAGCUUCUACCUAUUUCACUUGAGACCUCACCGGCUCCUCAGAUCCAGAGAUGAUCAAGAGGGACCAGGAGAUGGCGAACUGGGGGACUCCCCAGGGCCCAGGACCCGUGGUGUCCACCGUGGUCAACAUCCAGCCUGAGAUGGCCGUGCCCGACCACAUUGUCUGGUCCCUGUUCAACACGAUCUACUUCAACAUCUGCUGCCUGGGCUUCGUGGCAUUAGCCUACUCCGUGAAGUCCAGGGACCGGAAGAUGGUGAACGACAUGAUUGGGGCCCAGAGCUACGCGUCCACCGCCAAGUCCCUGAACAUCGCAGCCCUGGUCCUGGGCAUCCUUGGGACCAUAGGAUCCAUUGUUCUUGUGGUGUUGCAGGCAGUCACCAUUGCAGCAGCGGUGGCCAGGCAGAACCACAGAGGCUACUCCUAG